AUGGAAGUUGUAAGGUCCGAGGAAAGGCUAGUCAUAAACCAGCGUAAGUAUGUUUUGGAUCUUCUUGCAAAAACUGGGAUGCUCGGCUGCAACCCAGUUGAAACUCCAAUGGAGCCAGGCUUGAAAUUUUGCAAGAAAAUGACUGGAAAUCCAGUAAACAAUGAAACCUACCAAAAGUUAGUUGGGAAGUUGAUCUACCUUUCACUGACCAUGUCUGAUAUUGCAUACUCAGUGAGCAUUGUCAGGCAACAUAUGAGUGAUCCUCGAGAAGAACAUUUAGAAGCUGUUAACAAAAUUCUAAGGUUCUUGAAGUUUACCCCAGGAGCUGGACUUAUAUUUAGAAAAAAUCAAGACAUAACAAUGAAGGUUUAUACGGAUGCAACCUGGGGAGGUGAAUUAACUGAUAGAAGAUCAGUUAGUGGCUACUGUACCUACGUUUGGGGUAAUUUGGUGACUUGGAGAAGUAAGAAACAAGUCGUUGUCUCUCGAAGUAGUGAUGAGUCGGAGUUUAGAGCAAUGGCUCUCGGAAUAUGUGAAGAAAUGUGGAUUAAAAGACAACUCACAGAACUGGACUUAGAUGACAAGUAG